CGCUCCGAAAACACCUGCCUCAAAAAUAGGCCGAUCUUCUGCAGCUAUUAGCCGGAAGGAGUGGUCUCCAAUCGCUAUGUUGGCGUACCCUAGUUUAAUCGGUUACAUCAGAAGCAUCAGUCGGCGAACCGGGCGCACCACCGUGUUUUUUUUUUCCCUCUUCUCGAUCGCUAUUCGGUAUUCACUUGUCCUUUGCUGACCGCGGCACUGGAAAAAGAGAUCCAUCUCUUUUCUUUCCCUUCUCCUCAAUCGCUUGUCAUUUGGUGACCGCGGCACCGGAAAAAGAUCCAUGAACCGAAGGAGGAAGCGCGAGAGGCCCAAUAAUCCGUCCACUUCUCUCUCCAAGCGGCUUCGGUGGCCGCCCGAGGAGGCGGACAGAGAGCCGGAGCCAGCCGCCGCCGGCACCGGUAGGGGGUCCUCCUCCCCCUCCUUGGUUAUGGUCACCGGCCUCCCCGUCGACUGCACGGUUCUCGAGCUCAAGUCCCGUCUGGAGAUGUACGGGCCCAUCUCCCGCAUCCGCAUCGACGUCGACGGCUCCGGCUACGUCGCCUUCCGUUCCGACCGCUCCGCCGAGGCCGCCAUCUCCGCCUCUCUCGAUCCGGCCUUCGGCAUCGCCAUCCGAUCCAAAAGGGUCCUAGUGGUUCGUGCAAUAGAUCCUUUGCCAGAAUGGAGAAUAGGAGUUGGAGUUUCUCCCCCAUCGAAGCUUCUUCGAGCAGAAAUACCCCUGAGCCGGCAUGGUCGUAGUAAUAAGAAGCUUAUUGCAGGCACAACUACAGCAAGCACCAGAUCUGGUUCGGAUCUGCCCUAUAAGGGCAGGGAAAUAAUUGCAUAUGAUGAUCUUCUUUGACAAUGAACUGAAUCAGUUUAUAGGCCCUUGACGAAAAGUAAUCGGUAGAAGCCAAGAUGAAUUGAUGUCCUCUUGAUGAUGGAGGUUCAAUUGGCCCGACUAUGUCUGUCCGUUCCCCAUGCUGCUUCUGUUAGGUAUUUAUGAAGUUAAAAGGGUGCAAGUUUGUUGGUUUCUGUAGGAAAGUCCCUUGUAAGCAUUGGUCCUGUCAUUAUUAGUAUAUAUGCUAUUAUGCCUGGUUGGAUGUUUUAGAGAAGCCCUUUAUGUUCGGCAUAUACACUGCUAGCUGCUUGGAGAUAGGCAUCAAUGGACUUUCUCACUUGUUGCCAUCCCAACCAUAUUGUUGUCACUGUAUUUUUCUUGUCCUUUUUUUUGUCCCAAAUGUGUUAUUUUCAAUAUCAUGCACAAGGUUGGAUGGUAUUCUGGGAAGUUAGCAGACUUGCUUUAUUCAACUGGGUUAGUUUUGUGGAAGAAUUUAACGUGUGGAGCAGUAAUUCUUACUGCCAACCCUUUGAUGUGUUGGAAUUGAUAUCCUGAUUAUUAUCA